AAAUUGAAGUGUAUAUUCUUCUCUUCUGUCUCCACCGGUAGACAACGAAGCGACAGUGAAGAACAACGAAAAACAAUUCAAUUUUUCCGCAGAUAUUUAUACCUGCAAAGCCCAGAACUCAUGGCGAAAAUAAAACCACAAGCUCUUUUGCUGCAAAGCAAAAAGAAGAAGGGGCCAAGUGGAAUUAGUGUCCCUACGAUUAUGCUUUAUGGCUUAAUCGUUGCUGUAAUGGUGUUUUUCCUGUUUGCUACUUAUAGACACUGGUCUCGAAGGUCAAUGAUUCAGACACAGUAUGACUUGUCAACCACUGAGGGUAAAAAUACGUUUAUUGAGCAUAAGAGAUCUGAUGUCAAUGGCCCUACAUAUGCUUCCAUAACCACCUCAAAAGGAUUGAUAAUUGUGGAACUUUACAAGGAUGGUUCUCCUGACAUUGUUGACGAAUUUGUUGAUUUCUGUCAGAAGGGCCACUUCAAAGGGAUGCGAUUUAAUCGUGUAAUAAAGCACUUUGUAAUCCAUGGUAGUAAAGUUGAUAAACCUGAAGGUACAGAAGAUUGGACUUCGAGGGGAAAGCAUUACAGUCGACUAGACACGAGCCUGAAGCAUGAAGCAUUUAUGCUUGGUACUUCAAAAACAAAUCAUGAAGGCGAAGGAUUUGAUCUGUUUAUAACAACUGCACCAAUUCCAGAUCUGAAUGACAAGAUCAAUGUAUUUGGGCGUGUAAUAAAGGGAGAGGAUAUCGUGCAGGAAAUUGAAGAGGUAGAUACUGAUGACCAUUAUCGACCCAAAACUCCCGUUCAGAUCAACGAAGUGACUCUGAAAUACAGCACUUGAAGGUUGCAGUGUCCAUAACAUGAAGUUUUUUUUUAAACCUCAUUGAACGAAGUCUGCAGCACAAAUGUUUACUUGGGGUCUGGAUUGGAAACCAUCAUUUGCUGAUUUUAAAUCCUCAAUAUUGACAUGACACGACUUGCUAUCGAUGCUUCUGGUGUAAAAAUCUGGAUAUGAUAUUCCAUUUGUAUAAUUUUUUAUUUUUUCUUGGUUUCUUCCCAAAUUUUCCCCUUAGACUAAUGUUCAGAUGUUAUUUUAUAACAUACUAUGUUAGUAAAAAACUAUCUCGAGUUUA